AUGUGUCGCAUCCUUCACAGACCUACCCCAUCUCCCCUUUCUAUCGCCCUCUUGAGUGUCAUUUCCAAAUUCCCAACGCUCCCUCCUCUCCCUCCCUCCCUCUCGCCCACAGCGCUUGCGCUGCUGAACGUGAAGUCAGCGCUGGGAGUGACGUUCACCAGCUGGCUGGCUGCAUCGCCCUGCGCCAUUGCCAACUCCACCAUUGCCGUCGCCGGCACCUGGACUGGCGUGCUCUGCUCCUCCGCUGGCGACGUCCUCAGCGUUGCCCUCACCUACCUGUCAGUGCCGUUGUCUUUCUACCUGUCUUCCCCUCCCCUACCUUGCUGCCUUAUCCGAUACCCUCUGCGUUCCAUUUCCAUGUCCCUCCUCGCAUGUUUUCUGCCUGCUUGCCCGCCUCACAUGCGUGCAGCAACUGAGCAAGCAUCUUCCACCUCAACACUGCCUUUCCUCCCCACUCCUGCGCCUGCCCCAUGCACCCUCUCUCCCGUCCACCCCCUCAGCGACCUGUCCAAUAACUUCCUGCGCGGAAGCCUUGACAAGUUUGUCACCUUCUCGGGCCUCAAGACGCUCCUGCAGCUGUCAGUGCUGCCACCCUCACCCACAGCGCCCUCACUGCCCUCACCCAUGCCGCUUCGAUCCACCCUGCUCUCGAACAUGUUGCUCGACUCGGGUCCACAAGACAUGAAGAGACUCAGUCUGCCGGCGAGCCACUGCCAAGCCGCUGCUUUCGCGGUUGCAGCCCCGUUCCUACCGGCGCGCCCCGGCCCUACCCACCCGGACUAUUGA